AUGAGCAAAAAAACAGUAGAAAACAAGACUGGUAUUCCAGUUAGUACUUUAAUUGAUGAUUUAAAGAGCGAGGAUAUUCGUAAAAGAUAGCUCUCAGUUUAGAAUUUAAAUGUUAUAGCAAGCGCAUUAGGACCUGAACGUACCCGUUUGGAACUAAUUCCAUUCUUGAACGAGCUGAUGGAUGAUGAAGAUGAAAUUUUAUCUGCCUUAGCUGAAAGCUUAUCAAAUUUUAUUGACUUCGUAGGAGGAAACCAAAAUGCUGUCGUUCUCUUUUCAGUGUUAGAAUCAUUAUGCAAAGUUGAUGAAAGUUCGGUCAGGAAUAAGGCUGCCCAAACACUAAUUUCAUUGAUCAAAGUUAUAGAUAUUAAAAAGAACGAGGAGCUUCUCCAAAAUCUCGUUAAGAGAUUAAAUGAAAGUGAAAACUAUUUAGCUAAGGGUCCUUUGACAAUGAUUAUUCCCUCUUUUUACGGUCAAGUAUCAUCAAGUUUCCAGUAGGAGUUGAAUAAAAUCUAUCUCGCAGCUACUCGUGAUCAAAUUCCUUAAGUCAAGAAGCAAGCUUCUUUAAAUUUAAAAGAUUUUGUAGCUGUUGCUUGUCCAAAAAGCGAUGAUGUAGUUUUAAGCAUUAUAAAUUAAAAUAUCGAAGAAGAAUAAGAUUUUGUUCGUCUUUAUAUGGUAGAUGCAUGUACUAGAUAUUUAAAAACUGAAGGCACUUAAAAAAAUCAUAGUAUUAUCCAUCAACACCUUAAAAAUCUUUCAGAAGACAAAUCCUGGAGAAUUAAAUAUUACUUAUGUGAAAAGCUUCAAGAGGUUACCUAAUCUCUUGGUAAGAGUGAUUUUAAAAGACUAAUUUUUGGAAAUUACAUUAAGUAUCUUGAAGAUUAAGAACCAGAAUUAAGAUCAAUCGCAGCUACAAAGCUCUCUGUUGUAGGAGCAUAAAUUGAGCCUGAUGAGGUUGUCCAAAAACUUAUUCCUAUUGUUAAAACUCUUUCAACUGACACAUAAAACUAUGUCAGAAAUUCGCUAGCAUAAGGCUUUUUGGGAUUGAGUUAGUUUAUUGGAAAGAAAAAUUCAGUUGAUUUAAUACUCCCUGUGCUACUUUAACUCUUAAAAGAUGAAGAUAGCGAAGUUAGAAUCAGCUUAUUUAAAUCACUUAAUUAAAUUACGAACGUUUUAGGUAUUGAUACACUCCAACAAUCUAUCGUUCCUGCUCUUUCUGACCUUGCACAAGAUAAAAACUGGAGAAUAAGAUCUUCUUCUAUUGAUAUUAUUUCUUUCUUUGCUAAGGAAAUUGGAUCAGACUUUUUAAAUGAUAAAAUUAUUAAAAUUUUAAUGGACUGGCUUUCUGAUCGUGUUUAUGCAGUCAGAGAAUCUGCAGUCCAAUCAGUUAAAAAUAUUAUCCAAUCUUUAGGUUGGUAGUGGUCUGAAAAGAAUAUCAUGCCUAAGAUAUUAGCAUUAAAAGACUAAACAAACUAUUUACACCGUGAGACUCUGCUCUUCAUUUUAAUACAAUCUAAUAAAUAAAUCAAUUCUGAUUACUUAAACAAAAAUAUUGUCCCUACCUUGAUAUCUCUUAGCAAAGACCCCGUAGCUAAUAUCAGAUUUAAUGUAGCAAAGUGCUUUAAAGCCCUCAGUACUUAAAUUAAAGAAAAAGAAUAAACUAAAAAAGUUUUAACAAGCUUAUGCGAAGAUUCAGAUAUAGAUGUUAAAUAUUUUGCAAAAUAAGCAUUGGACUCAAUGUGA